AUGGCGAGAACAAUGCCGGCAAUACAAGGAAGAAAGAAGGUACCGAAGAAAGCCAUUCCCUCGUCCAAGAUCACCAAGCCGCCGCCGAAGUCCUUCGGUCGCGAACCUACCCUAUCGCUGAUCAGAGUCAAGAAGAAGACAGCAAAGGGACGGAAAACUCGAACAAUCAAGGCUGUAGAGAUCCGAGCCAGCGCCGGAGAUUCAUCCCAAAGUAACGUCCAGCCAACUGCACCAGACGACUCUCAGUUCCGCCUCUUUCCCGAGUUGCCGCUCGAAAUCCGCCUCAAGAUCUGGUCUCUGAUGGCACCCUCGCCCCAAACGCUCGUCCAAAGCAAGCCUCUUGAGUACAGACCCCGAUACACCAUCUUCGAAAGCCGUCCGACGCCAGUCGUAAUGCACGUUUGCCGCGAGUCCCGAAACGAAUACCUGUACCGCGAGAACGAUGCCGCCAACAACGUUGAGGGGAAGGGCCCCAGCUUGUAUGCGCCAAUUUUCCCAAACGAGAACGCAAAGUUGAGCUUCUUUUCAUUCGAGGUGGAUACGUUGCAUUUGAUGACUUUCAGAGUAGCAGAACCGGUUGUGCGCAGCAACCUCCGUACAAUCAUAAUGGGGCCGUCUCCCAACCUUUCCCCGCUCUUCAGAAAGCUUGACGAAUACAGAGUCUCUCACCAUUCUAACUACAACUAUCUGCAAGUUGCAGUCAACAGUCUAACAACCCGAUCCUGGUACAUUCACCCUCCACUGGAUAGCCGCCAUAUUGUGGGAAACCCACGACCCUCGAAUAAUCAUACGCUACUGAUCAGCGAAGCCGUCCAUUUUAGUUUUGACGGAAUCCAACAUGACCCGCAUAUCAAGUUGGGGAUGGGCUCUCGACACAACUUCAAGUAUAACUUCCACGAAUUGGUCAACUUCCCAGAGUUGAAGACCUUAGUGGUCAUGAUUUCAAGACAAGAGACAAUUCCUGAGGAUCCCAACAAGCAUAUUGUGUACAGGACCUUGAACGUCGUCAAGAAGAGAUACCCCUCCUUCAAUGUACCCGAAGUCGAGUUUCGCUUUGCUUACUAGGUACCCGCGACGUUCAGCAAGGAAGAGGAACAUUGAAUUGGUACAAAAUCCGAAUGCUCCAGAACACGAGGAGCUCCCUCACUAGUCGCCUUUCAUUGUCCCCUGGAACUCGGAACAUUCAUCUGUGGGCCUCAAUUUGCUUUCUCG